CACAAUUUACGCACAGAGAGAGAGAGAGAGAGAGAGAUGAAGGACGAGGAGUUGAGCGAAGAAGAAAAGAAGGCUUUGAGAGGCAGCAAAUUCGCACCCCUUCCCUCUCUACCCUCAUCUUCUCGUUCCCAACCCAGGUUGGCUCACCCAGGUGGACCUUUGACGACGAACAAGGCAGCGGCUUUAGCCAAAUUCCUCGAAAGAAAACUUCAGGAACCCAAUGGAUUGGCCUCCUUAAAUCCAGAUCUCAUCGAACUUGCUGUUAAUAAUGCUAAAAACACUGUCUUUUCCAGCGGCACUUCAGAUUCUGGAAGAAAUAUUAGACAUGUAAAUUCCUUUGGUGACUCUGAGCCUGAGAACGCGCAGGAAUCUUCUGAAGAAGGAAAGGCGGAAAGUUCUAAGCCAAAAAAACGUAAGAAAAAGAAGAAGAAACAUGAAAAGAAGAAAAACAAAAAGCAGAAGACCAUGGAGGACCAUGGGUCUGCUGUGAUGAAAAAACCCAAAAAAACGAAGUCGAAACUGUGAUGGAGGCUAAGAUUGCAAUUCAUUGGAUUGUAGGUGAAAAAAAUUAAGUGGGCUCCUUUGACAGGUGUGAGGAAUCUCCGUAGCCAGAGGAAUGGAUAUUGCGAGUUGUUUCAUAACUGAGCUUUCCCUUCCAUUUCUAACAUGGGAAAGUGGAGAACUUACUUCCCUCGAUGGUAUAUUAUGUUUCACAUUUCAAUUAGAUUUUUGUGUAGAUUUCAUCGCAAAUUA